AUGCCUGGUACGGAGAUCAGUCGAGACAGUGGUGCAACACCGUCCAUACGGUGCCCCUUCGAGGAAUAUGAACGGAUCCUUGAGAAGAAUCCCAUCUUGGCGCCCACUGGCUGUACGGAAAAAUUCUGCCAAGCCGGACGUCUCAUCCACAGCGCUGAGCCAAAGGUCGGGGAGAAUCGUCCUCUCGAAGUGGUGAAGAAUGAAGCGGUGGCUUUUCUUUGGCAGUUGUGGCAGGAAGGCAUCUACACCGAAGAACGUUACCUAGAAAGGCGCGCACAAGUACUGGAGGAGAUCGCUCAAUCAACUAAAACCACACUUGUGUGGGAUCAGGAAAACAAGCGAGUGGGCAAGACUUCUAUCUGGACACAAAGCGCCGAAGAACUUCGCUAUGGGCUGCGUCUGGCCUGGAAGAAUUCGCGCAGGUGUAUCAUGCGCUCGCGGUAUCAAGAUCUGGACCUCUGUGAUCUGCGACAUAUUCAUACUAGCGUCGGUAUGGCCACAACACUUCUCGAGGAAGUCACUAAGGCCUUCAAUGAUGGUCAAAUUAAGCCGACGGUGUUUGUGUUUCCGCCGAAAUCUGUGGAUGGUAGUGGCCCGAUGUUUUGGAACAAGCAAGUGCUGAACUUCGCUGGUUACGAGCUAGAGGACGGCUCUAUUGUAGGUGACCCCAGUAAUGUCAAGUUAACCCAAGACAUUAUUGACUUGGGCUGGGCACCACCACGGCCCAAGACCCCAUGGGAUCUUCUACCAAUUGUUGCCAUGGCGGAAAACGACGCACCGGCUCUUGUCGAGGUGCCGGACGACCUCGGUCGGCUGAUUGUCAUUCAACAUCCGGACUACCCCGGCUUCAAUGAACUGGGCCUCAGGUGGUACCAAUUUCCAGCUCUAAGUCGACUGGGCUUUGAUAUAGGCGGAGUUCAGUACACAGCAACACCGUUUAUUGGAUGGUACAUGGAUGCGGAGAUCGGAGUGAGGAACCUUGCCGACACGUUCCGUUUCGACGCCCUGCCCGAGGUGGUCAAAGCCAUCGGGUUUGACAGCAACGCCUAUCGUGCAAAGCCUGAGUACGCAGACAUACGAGAGCUGGAGGAUCUUCCAGACUAUGAGCAGCUGCGGUGGCGGAGCCGCGCCCAAGCUGAGCUGAAUUACGCCGUGCGUUGGUCCUUCCUCCAGCAUGGCGUUACUUGUGUGGGAACAUUGGCUGCAUCCUCGGACUGGAGUCAGUUCGACGAUGAACAUGCCGCGAAGAAGGGCUACCGACUGAAUUCAGAUCCCUAUUGGCUGUCACCGCCGCAGGGAUCAAUCAUACCCGUGUGGCAUCGUGGUGGUGCGCCGAAUUACCAGCCGAAGCCCAUGAUUUGUCGGAAUCGGUAUGAUCCUGUUAACUCCUGGCAGCGUCGGAAGGGUUCUACGGAGGCAGUUCCAGCCCUUCUGGUGAGAAACGGGAAUACCUGGGUCACCGAGGCUCUGACUAGCUUUGCCACUGAUAUCUCAGGCCCCAAGAGGCGUAAACUGACAGAAUCUCCCAGCAAAGAGCAACCCUGCACGGUGCAUAUAUCCUACUGCAGCCAGGGUACUACAGCACGGACCCUAGCUGAAAGGCUACACCGGCGACUGAAGCGCAGUGCUAGAGGCUUUCAAGUGAAGUUUAGCACUUUGGACGCCUUGGAUUUAACUCUUGUCGAAACAUUCGAUACCAUACUUCUAGUUGCCUCAACCACCGGUAGUGGUGCCUUUCCUGCCAAUGGAGCUGAUUUUGCGAAGGCCUUAGGGCAUUUCCGCCACACGCUCAAGGUUGACUUCUCCCGUGUCCGACUGUCCGUCUUUGGAGUUGGGGAUAGUGCCUAUCCCAAUUUCAAUGCCGCAGCAAUCACCGCCUACGAAUUUUUCCACCACCUCAAUAUCUUGCCCAUAGCUGGUGGGUUAAUAAAGGCCGAUGUGGCAUCCGAAGCAUUGCCGUUGCGCAUGUUCAAUCGCUGGUCGGACGCGGUCGAGUCUGCGUUAAUGGGAGGGAAAGGCGAAUUGACUAGUGAUCCGGAAGAAGCGUUCGUAACGCAUGCUGAGAUGCUCCGCAACUUUAGCGAAGCUACGGUUACCUCUAAGGCAUCCAAUCGGACGCACGAUGGACUGGUCCUUUUGACUCUUAACGGCAUCGAAUGUGCCGACAUGACCCACCUACGGCUUCUUCCCACGAAUUCCUCAUCUCAUGUCUCCCGAGCCAUCACAGCCCUGGGAAUCACAGAUCCUCAACAGAUUAUACCGUUCUCUGGCGAAGGGCUCCAGCAGUGCAGCUACAAGGCCUUCUUCACCAACUUCGUUGACCUGGAGGAAAGAAGUAAAGUUCCAAGCUGGGCAGCCGAGGUUGACAAGAACGGCGAGCGCGAGAAUGAAAGUAUCCUUGAGAGACUGGAGAAAUUAUCGGAGAUUAUAGAGCCGUCGCAGUUGACUCAAGACUUCCGUUAUAAAAUCUGUCUUGCUUGCCCACUUAUCAAGCCCCGAGCCUAUUCCGUGGCAUCAUCCUCGCGAUACAUCGGGGAGAAGAAGGUAGAGCUCUUGAUUAAGCCACAACAGCAAGGCCGAUUCAGCGACAUCUACCUCUCCGCCCUUCAGCCUGGCGGAUCAGUGGUAUAUGCCGUUGUCCCUGCCUCCCCUGCAUCUUUCCUUCUCGCUGUUCAAAAGCCGCUUGUUAUCAUCACCACUGGCUCUGGAUUUGCACCAGUCCGCAGUCUACUUCAGCAGCGGAUUCAGACUGCACGAGAAUGGGGAAGACAUAGCAGCACGACACACCCAUUUCAUACCACUCCCAUCAGUCUAUUCGCGGGGUUUCGGCCUGUGGAUGAGAACCUCUUUCACGCGGUAGUCCACCUGGCGCAGAGGCAUCGUGUUAUAGAUCUGGCCUGUCUUAUUCCUAGUAACCGCGAAAAGAAGCGUGUUCAAGGUUUUCUACUGGACAAACGUAACGAAAUUCGGACGAAAUUAGUGGAACAGGAAGGAUAUGUCUAUGUCUGUGGGAGUGCCGCUAUGGCUGAAGGGGUGCAAGCUAACCUCAGCAAGGUUUUGGUAGGAAAUGUGAAGCAGAUAAUGGGCGAAAGAUAUAUAGAGGAAGUCUUCUGA